CAGAAACGUUGAUGUCCGAGGAUUACUGAAGGCAGCAUUCACACCUGUAGUCAAUCAGCUGAUUGGGCGGUUCCAGUGAGGAGCAUCUUCGAUAUUCUCCGUCCUACUUUCUCAGAUUUGUGUGGAUUCCUUUGCAGAUGCCAACAUGAAGCUCUCGGGAAUCCUGGCUGUGCUUUUGCUCGUCUAUACUGAACGGAGCGGUUUCGGGAUGUGUCAUCCCAAACCGGCCUGUCGCUACCCUCCCUCCCAGUGGUGUAGGUCCCUGGAAAUAGCGAUAGAGUGCAGGGUGGAGAAACAGUGUAUGGAGGUUAAUGCUACCAGGCCAAACCAGGCUGUCCCUGGAGUAUCUGUCACACUAUACUAUGAGAGUCUGUGUCCAGACUGCAGAGAAUUUAUCACUCAGCAGCUUUUCCCUACCUGGACAAUGCUGCAGGACAUCAUGGCUGUCACACUGGUGCCCUAUGGGAAUGCUAAGGAGCGUCGCUCAGCAAACUCUCCCUUCACCUGUCAGCACGGAGAGCCUGAAUGCAGAGGAAACAUGAUCGAGGCCUGCAUCCUCCAUUUAACCGAACACUCUCUUGCAUUUCACAUCAUCUACUGCAUGGAGUCAUCUGCAGAUGUUCUGAGCGCUGCACAGUCUUGUCUCCGGCUGUAUGCUCCCUCUGUGCCCUGGUCCAGAGUUGACUCGUGUGUCAAAGGAGAUCUGGGAUACCAGCUGAUGCGUGCCAACGCUCUUAUGACCAGAGCCCUGAACCCUGCACACACACAUGUGCCCUGGAUCACCUUCAAUAGGGAAUACACAGAAGAGAAUGAAGACAAAGCAAUGUCGUCCCUUUUCCAACUGGUUUGUCAUCUCUACAAGGGGGUGAAACCUCCAGCCUGCACUGGAGCUCCGGUCCGGCUCGACAGAAGCUUCUGCUGAACAUGAAAAAUAAAGUUAUAUGUCAGUCCUACAGGCAAACAGCCAAAUGUGACACGUUAAAUUAGCCAUACUAAUGUUUAGUUUGUUUCAGUGUUGUCGUUAAUACUAUGAAAACGUAAGCAUAUAGAGUAUUAUAACUUUCUUGUGUAACAGAGCAGAUGACUAAGUUGUCUUUUAAUUCAAAUAUGGUUUAUAAUAACAAAUGCAGCCAAACACAGGAUAAAAAUUUCCAUAUAAUUUAUUGGCAUUUUCCACUUAACACCCUGAACUCCCGAGACUCUUUUGGCUUAAAAUGCGAAACAAAAAUAGAUUUAAUUUCUCUGACAAAAACAUCGGAGUGGCAGGUGGAUACAUACUUGUGAAGUAUACUUGAUUUUUAGGCUCCAGAACAUAAAAUCAGACAUCCUAUGUUACAGUACUUUGUAUCGACAGACACAUCUGAAGAAUAAAUAUCUCUAUAGAAGUUUGCACGACACAGAGGCUGAAAGAACAAGACUGCAUGGACGUGGGUGGAGGCGGUGUCAGUGCAACACGGUCUCUGUGUAGAAGCGGGAACGCUCCCGCUCACCGACACAGAUGGCGCUGUAUGGCACUGACGUCUUCCUGCAAAGAGCCACGGUGCUGAGUUUAACCUGCUGUAACUCCUCAGACUGUUCAGUGCUGAGCAAAUUACACCUGCUGUCAGAAAACUGUUGCUGUAUAUCUACUAAAACUAUCACACAGGAUAAAAAUAUGAGCUUUUAAUUUGUUCAUUUUUGUGUUAUAAUAAGAGAAAAUAAUGACUAACUGGAAACACAUUGUUUGUUGUGCCACAUCUGAGAAAAAUCAG